AUGCACCGGCACGAGGAGGUGGUGGGCGUGCUCCUCGAGGAAGGGGCCAGCCUGGACGUGCGGAGCACGGUGUACGGCGACCUGGUGCAGGAGCUGGCGAGGAUGAGGGACGGGCGGAUCGCGGCGCACGUGGAGUGGCGGGCGAGGAGGGAGAGGGAGUGCGAGGCGAGGGAGCGGGAGGCGGCGAGGAGGCGGGAGGAGGUGGCGCGGCUGGUGAUGCGCGAGCUACCGCCGCCGCCGUGGCAUCUCAAGCUCGACCUGCCCAAGGAGUCGUUGGAUGUCGACUUUGAGCGCAUCGAUCGAUGGUUUGGUGAUUGA